AUGCCCAACAACACCUUGAACCCAACUUCAUCUAUUCUGAUCAUCGGGGCUGGAACCUGGGGAUGCUCGACGGCUCUUCAUUUGGCUCGCCGUGAAUUUACCAAUGUCAAGGUACUGGAUUCCUUUCCAGUACCGUCGCCCAUCGCGGCGGGAAACGACAUUAACAAGAUCAUGGAGCACAAGAAAGUGAAAUCAUCAAGUUCUGACGCCCGGAGCAUUGCCUACGCGACGUGCACCCGAGCCGCGCUGGUCGGAUGGACGACAGACCCGAUCUUCAUGCCGUACUUCCACGAGACAGGAUUCAUAGUUGCGGGGGAUACUCCUGAGUUAAUCCAGCUUAUAAAAGAGGAAGAUUUUGAUAAGUGCGAAGGGAAUUUCGAUAUCUUGGAAUCAGCUGAAGACUUCCGCCGAACAAUGCCAGCCGGUGUUUUGACCGGGGACUUUCCUAACUGGAAAGGCUGGAUGAAUCGUUUCGGAGCCGGAUGGUUUCAUGCAAGAAAGGCCAUGAUCUCCGCAUACAAGGAAGCCCAGAGGCUUGGCGUGGUCUUCUUGACAGGCUCCCCUCAGGGCAAUGUCGAAACACUAGUCUAUGAAGACGGUGAUGUGAUUGGGGCUCAAACCGAAGACGGCGUGAUUCAUCAUGCUCAGCAUACAAUCCUCGCGGCAGGGGCUGGCAGUGACAGAUUGCUUGAUUUCAAAAAGCAAUUGCGCCCGACUGCUUGGACAUUAAGUCACAUUCGAAUGACACCGGAGGAAGCCCAAAAGUAUCGAGACUUACCUGUUCUGUUCAACGUUUCCAAGGGAUUUUUGAUUGAGCCCGACGAGGACAAACACGAGCUCAAGAUCUGCGACGAGCACCCGGGAUACACUAAUUUCGUGAUGGAUUCUGACCAUCAACGCGAGAUGCGGAGUGUCCCAUUUGCCAAAACGCAAAUCCCGCUGGAGGCUGAGACACGAGCUCGAGAAUUCCUGCGUGACACUAUGCCACAUUUGGCAGAUCGGCCUUUCUCUUUCGCUCGAAUCUGCUGGGACGCGGACACGGUAGAUCGUGCAUUUUUGAUUGAUCGGCACCCUGAAAACGCUUCUCUUGUUGUCGCUGUUGGUGGAUCACGCUUUGGAGCGAUGCAGAUGCCCAACAUUGGAGGAUUCAUUGCGGAUACGUUAGAGGGAAAACUACAAAAGGAUCUGAGCGAGGCUUUCAGAUGGCGACCUGAAAUUGCAGUCUACCGAGACUGGUGGUCUACACAAGGUCGAUUUGGUGGUCCAAACAAAUUGAUAGACUUCCAGGAUCUCAAGGAUGGCGAGUGGACAAACAUUGAAUAA